AUGUCUUGUGGUUUGAAGAAGAUCCAGGAAGGCUGGGUGUUCAACAAUCCGGAAUGGGAGGCGUGCAGUAGUAAUCAGAUUGAGUAUCUUUUGGUGAAGGAGAUUGUUGGAAUGGCAUGCGCACUAUUCUUUACCUGCUUCCUCGAAACAACUCUGGUAGUCGGACCACCAGUCCUACCAACCCCAAAGCUCGUCGGAGACGUCCUCAACCAUGGAAAGGUAGAUGUCACCAUCCUCUCCCCGGCCAUCAUCGAAGAGCAGUGCCGCACACCAGGCGGGCUAGAAUCUCUCCGCAAAACGAAAUCCGUCUACUACGCAGGCGCACUCUUGGCAUCCAAAGCCGGCGACCUAUUGAUAUCGCACACCCACGUGAUCCCUCCCAUCGGCAGCUCCGAGGCUGGCGGGUAUUUAACUACUGGGAAUGACCUCCCCGAUUCAUGGGCCUAUGUUCGAUUUCUGGAGCCUGCGGGGGCCGUUUUCGAGCAUCGCUUUGAUGACCUGUACGAACUGAUCUUUGUCCGUCAACCGGAUUAUAGCACACAGAUUAUUUUCUACUUAUACCCCGAGCGAGACGGGUACGAAACCAAGGGUCUCUGGACAGAACACCCCACCCAGAAAGGUCUGUGGAAGAUCAUCGGCCGGGCAGAUGACCAUUCAGCCCUGAUCGGAGGACAUGGGUAUGAGGGACCGGUUCUUUUGAUCGAUCUGUAUCCCGGACCGAUGGAGGAUGACCAUGCGUCGUUUAUUGCUUCUUUGCAGCCGAAUAUUGAUAACGUGAAUAGGCAGGUGCACAGCGCAGUGAAACUGAGAGCAGACCGGAUCAUUAUGGCGAAAAAGAAGAAGCCAUUUUUCCGGACGGCGAAGGGGACUGUUGGGCGGAUACAGACAUUGAGGCUGUAUAAGGAGGAGAUUGCUGCCAUCUUUGAAUAG